UUUAGUACUGGUCUCUUCACUCACCACAGAAAAGAAGCAAAUUAAAGAAUUUUAAAGAAAAAAAAAAGAUGGCUGGCUUUCCCAAAGUGCUUGCAACUGUUUUCCUUAUGCUGAUGCUGGUUUUUGCUACUGAGAUGGGACCAAUGGUGGCUGAGGCGAGGACCUGCGAGUCGCAGAGUCGCCGAUUCAGGGGGCUGUGUUUCAGUAAGAGCAACUGUGGGUCUGUUUGCCAUACAGAGGGCUUUAACGGUGGCCACUGCCGUGGAUUCCGUCGCCGUUGCUUCUGCACCAGACACUGUUAAUUAUUAUUAUUAUGUGUACUGCUGUGUAAUAUGAACGUCUCUUCUCGUUUCUUCUGGUGUUUAUCAUGAAAUAAGAAUGACCAUCUGAACUCAGAAACAGAAUGGUUAAUUCCCUUCCGUUUCCUAGGAGUUAAUGGUUGCUAUUACUGUUGCUGGCAACUUUUAAUUGCGAGCUUUUCUGUAACUAUUGGUACUACUAUAUAUUACACAAGCUCUGGCCUCUUGUAUCUUAUC